AUGGCGACGCUGGUGGAGGGGCAUCAAUAUGGGCUGUCUUCAAAAACAGCUGCAAGCCAUGGAAAAACUGUGGUAUAUCUCAAAUUAACGGAUUCUGCCCUGAAAGCAAUAGAUGAAUACCAGUCUAACAAGAGUCUGAGGACUUCCAAGGAAAAACCGAGCAUUCGGUUGGGGGGAAAUACUGGGGUUCUCCAGAUUCCAUGUCGGUCUUCCAAUAAUGAGAGUGGCGUGACGGCAUAUAAGCUGAACCUGUCUCAGCUGCCUGGAGAUCCUAAUGGCAGCUUUGACUGUGUUCAGCAGGAUACAAACAGUUUGGACAAUGAACUUGAGCUCAUUGGUAGUAUGGUGCAUAAAAUACAGGUGCUAGCCGCUGAAGAUGUCUAUAAGCAAACACGUCAGAAAAUGGCACAGGCGGAGGAAGCCCACAAAAAUAUCUGCACCAAAGAAAUUAAACCCGGAAGCCAGUACAGAAGUAAACGUGUCAAAAAAGUGUUGAAAACAAGUGAUCUAAGACUGCCUGAACUUUCUCAAGAUAAUACUCCACCUGCCGCGAGAAGUGUAACGAAUCUUCCAAGCAUGGCGAAGGUGUCUACCCCGCCAAAUGCUACCCAGAGACCUACUGCAAAUGUUGCUCCACUGCAGAGGUCCAUGCCCGCAUCACUGUCAAAAAAACCAGCCCAACCUACAAACAAGACGGUGCUAAAUCCUGCUCCAAAUAGAAACAUCCAAAAUCAGGCUAUGAACAAGAAUGUUCUCAAUCAAACUGGUGCCAAUCGUCUCAUCUCGAAUUCACAAAAUAACAAACAGCUGCCAAGUUCUAGUGUACUCAAUAAACCCUAUAGAGAUCGAAUAAUCCAUCUAUUAGCGGUGCGGCCCUACAAGAAGCCAGAGCUCCUCGCAAGGCUACAUAGAGAUGGCAUCAAAGAAAAAGACCGGAACUCAUUGGGGACGAUCCUGCAGCAGGUCGCCGCCAUGAAUCCCCGCGAUAACACGUUCAACCUCGCCAAACACAUGUAUAGCGAAGUCCGCAUGGAUUGGCCCGCUUAUACUGACAAUGACAGACAGCUGUUACAGAAGCGACUUCCAAGCACUCCCACUCAUUCUCCGAACAUUUCCCCCGUUCAGUCUACCAGUCCGUCGAGCUCUCAGAAUUCCCAAAACUCUCAACAUUCGCAGAAACGGCCGAGUACCAGUGAAGAUAGCAGUGUACCCGUGAAAAAGGCCAAGUUGACGGAGACAAAACUAGUCGAUUCUUCCAACCGAAAGGCCCACCAUAAUGGCACAAUCAAACAGGACGCUGACUCAAGUCAGUCGAGGAAAGAGAAUCAUCUUGUGAUAGGGAAUACGAGUCCCGAUAGUUUGGCUACGUCGACUUCUGACACUCCAGACUAUGUCAAUCGUUAUACUGUGAUCCGCUCCAAUGAGCAGCGCCAGAAGUACAAAGCUGAUUUCAAUUCAGAAUAUGAAGAGUAUCGCCACAAUCAUGCGGGUGUGGAACAGGUAUCGAAGAAGUUCACUCAUCUCGAAGUGCUCUAUCGAAAAGCUCCAGAGGGAAGUAAAGAUUUUGAGAAUAUCAAGAAUAAGAUACUCCAUGAAUACAAGACGUUGAAGAGCGAUCCAAAAUACGUCAAGAAAAAGCGCCGCCUGGAAUACCUCCACAAAAAACUAGCGCAUAUUAAGAAACUUAUUUUAGAAUACGACCAGUUACAAUUACAAGUACAUGAUUCAUAGCAUAUUAAAUUAAUAGGUAUUUGUUGAGUCAGUGUCUGUGGGUAUUUGAUCCGGUCUCUUUUGUAGAUAUGUAUUUAAUGUACAGUGUAUUUAUAUAUUUGUUGACUUGAUUGAUACAGCUUUGUGGUGUGGUUUCUCCCUUGAACUCCCAGUGUGGUAACCUGUCAAAAAGAGCCUGAUAUGUAUGAGGUUGAUUGGCUCCGGUGUAUUCAGUUCACCUUAAGAUAUGGUGAUAUCCAUACUUGGAUUUUAAUCAAACAAUUUUUUUGCAUUCCCACAGUCGAUUUUAUAUUUCUUGGUGCUACGUUCCGAUAGCAAAUAUUCCUACUGAAUACCAAUUUAAACAAUGCUGUUGUAUAGCCAGGUAAACAAACCCCGUGCAUACUAGUCUUGUCGCACUUGCGUACCUAAUAACUACAUUACAGCUUAUUUUUAUUUCUGAUUGCCUGUGGGACGGAUGUUAACAAUGUCCAGGAAGAAACCGCACCUUCAAAAUUAGGAUCGUUUUUGUGGUUUAUACUUGCUAUGUCUGAAUGCUUCACUAUCUCUUUUGGGCUUUUUGACAUCAGUAUCACCCUGGUGAAUCUGCACCACAUUUCCCGAGGGCAUGCCUCUGUUCUGUCAGAUUUACUGGAAAUGUCAUCCCUAGUCCCGAGUUUUAACGUAACUGAGAGAAAAUACUGAAUUAGAUCACUCGGGAAACGUGGUCCAAAUUCUCCAGGUUGUGUAGGGUCCUCCAAAACAACAUCAGGGUACAUGUUAUAUAUUCAAAAGUAAAUGACGGUUUACAUCUGGAAAAGCAAUUAGGGUCAUAAAAGCGUUGGAUAGAUGCCAUAUCAAAUGUUUUGUGAUUCUAAUAAGCUGACUUAGAUAUUGCUCAAGAGUACAUUGUAGUUUGUUAUGUUUCAAAACAUAUAACAGGCUGUGAUGCAGGAACCAGGUGCUGCCAAAUUAAAUGGAGCAGAAAGUGACAUUUAUUCAUGAUAUUAUGAAGCAGACAUCCAUAAUGUAAUGAGGCAGAUAAUUACAUUUGUUUGCAUUGCUAAUCAUGCGUAUGGUCGCCUAAAAACAGAUAAUAAAAGAUAUAUCAACAUACGUCAACCCUGGGAGAGGCCUUAAUUCAUCUUUAUCUGACAUAAAACUGCAUCAAUCAUUUUGUUUUAUUGAUGCAAGGGGGGGGGGUAUUAGCCUAUACCUGUAGUGUUAUUUGAAAAGUAGAGGCUGUGACUUUCGUUAUAGGACUAUAACAGCACUCUGGCUAAACUCCUGUGGUGAAACUACAUGUGUUUAUUUCACUCACCUCAUUGUGUAUAAAUAUCUCAUCUUUAUAAUCAUUGCAACUUCUGAUGGUAUGAGAUUGUAUUCCUUUGCACGAGUGCAGCUCCUGACAACGUAAACUCACAACAUCUUGCACCAUGACACAUCGUAUUUGAGAUGAGAUGAGACAUCGCAGGUGCUGCACUCCGACGAGGAAUAUUGUACUUAUUCAAGACAAAUGCAUGGACUUGAAUUGUUAAUCGUGCAAUCUCAUCUAUUGCGAGUCACUGUAUAAGCAAUUUUGUAGCAUAAGCAGCAGAAUCAAAAUCGAAGAGUAUGAUUUAUGAAACUGGAUAUCGGGUUGACGAGUAAAAUGAGAAAAGAGUCUCAUUAAAAAAAUUGAAAAAAAUGAAAACCUUGGUAUAAGGAUAUCUAUUUAUUUACCUGCUUUCUGUAUAUUGCUUAGCGAAUUCCUCUAUAAUUUGAAAACCUGAUAAAUAUCUUGUUGAAUGUUGCGUAUCAAAGUUUGGUAGCAGAAGACAACACAGCUUUGGCGGAACUGGUAGAAAAUAUGAGGAGCGCCUACAAAUUUAUGUUACAGUUUAUACGGUAUAAAUCUUUACUCUUCUCAGCCCAUGAUAGAAGUCGCUUAAUGGAUUUCAAGAAAAUCUUGUUAUUUAUUUUCAAAAGACAAUAUUUGGCUGUUUCUCUCAAAAGAGUGGGUUAUCAGUGUUAACUGACUAUCAGGAAGAUUUUAUUUUGUUCAACCCAGUACAUUCAGGGGCAGGGUUGAAUAGACUGAAUUGAUAGACACAGAAAUUGUUUUAACGUUUCAGUUUUCUUCUGACAGCCAUUCAGUUUAGAUAGGAAAUCGAGCUGAAACUUUCUGAGGUUUUUUGUUAGCUUCUGUCAAUUAGGUACUCGCCGUGUACUUACAGUUCCAAACAUUGAGAAAUUAAAUUGCAUUUAAACCAAAAUUAAAGCCAAAAUUAUUUUCGUCCAAAUUGGACGUUUUCCAGUUGGCAUUUGUCAGGAUGUGUAUCACCUUUUCAGUUGGGAAUAUGUAGUUGUUUAGUGUGCUAUGCGGUGUUUUAAACCCAGAUCAAGAACCCACAGACACUGGCCUCGAUUAUUUAAAUUAUGGCCAAUAUUGAAGCGUACGGUAACUUUGAACAAGGAUAAAUGACUCUCGACCUGGGAUUACCUUGGCAGAAGUGUGCAGUGCAGCAAUGAGACGUUUUAUCUCCCAUUUGGGGAAGUUGGUUUCGGUGCUGCCACCUUUUCAUUCUUGAAGGAUGAUAACCUACUGGUAUACACACUCACACUUUAUACGUUCAGGUGAUCCCAGUCUUUAUGUGGCUGCAUUCAUGUAGCUUUUGUUAGGGUUUACGGAUCUUAAGCCCUUUAAAUCGAUGUUAGGUCCCAAGCUCAAAUCCAGCAAUGUGGCUGACAAAUACAAUGUAUGUCUACCAUAAUUACUUUAGAAUGUCUUGCUCUGUUUGAUAUUUUAGCGUCAAGUGAAUUAUUUGCACUCUAAAUCUGAAUCAUUUGCACCCUAAAUCGUGUUAAAACCAAUGAAAAAAACAACCCGUCACGCAUUUUUUGAUGCAAAGAUGCUCUGCACAUAUCAUCUGGAGUGACCCCUACCCCGGGUUUCAUUUGAACAAUGUGACUAGGCCCUCCAUGUAGUUGGUCCAGGAAAUUGUUGAUUUGGGGACAUGCAGAGUGUGUUGUGUAAAGAAUGUGUUCACGGAUCCAAAGAUUGAUACGGCUGUGUUUGGUUCUAAAUCGAAGAUCUUUCUGAGAUGCCUUGUAUUAUGACCAUCUGAAUUCGAUUAAAAAACUUAACACUUCAGGAAAAUUGCAUUUUUGUGCUCCCAAACGUAGUUGAUAUUCAUAACAUUUACAUGUAGAAAAAAACUAACCCAAAUUGUGUAGUUUAGGCAGCUUUUGAUCCCUUAGAGUGGGGUUUGUCCAGAUCUGCCUAGUCUUCAGUUGUAUGGGAAUCUCUGCUGUGACCACAUUGGCUGUGAAAGGUUACUCAAACACAUAUCAAGAACAGAUGACAAACAACAAAUCUCCAGUGAAUGAGAUAUCAUAAUGGCCAAAUCUAAGCGGUUUGAAUACAUGUUGUUUUUUCACUCCGAUCAGACUCGUGCCAGGGAAUGAAAUACAAGACGUGUUGGAUGCCAUUAUACUGGCUAGAUCUAAAGUGCUUGAUGACCUGGUGAAUAACUGGUGUCAAGAGUGCAUGAUUGGCCGGCCACCUGGUGAGUGCUUUGAUUACGCUCUAGCUCUUGAUAGGCCUGGUGAAAACAGCUGAAAUAGUUGAAGUGCUAGAUUUGUUUUUCGACUGAUUAAAACACUGCAGUGCAGAUAACCACAUCAGUGGAAGCACUCAAUUCGCUUCAGAAAACCUCGUGUGAUCACAGCCAGUCAUUCCCAGAACUGAUUUGUACUUUUUAUUGGACAUUGUUUAAUUUUUUGUUUUAGUUUGGUGACGCUCGGUGUUAUCGUUUUACUCAAUGGAGCUUGUUCUCUGAGGUUUAUGAUGAAGAAACUUGCUUAUGAAGUUGUGAUUUUUCGAUAACCACAUUGUGUUUCAGUCGAAGUGUUUGUAGUCGAUUCACUUUUGACCUGUCUUGAUCAAAGGCAAUCAUCUCUUGUUUUAGACAAUAAGAAGUUAAGAAUUUUAAGUAGAACCCACUGAAAUUUGGCGUUUGUCUUGAUGGGUUCCAUAUGCUGUGUCUUCAAGCACAUAUUUAUAGCAGUGGCAACUAUCUCUGAUCCUUGUCAUGUCUGUAAAACUACAUUUACUAAGCCACCUGACCGUUAUUAACAUGGUGUGGUUUUUUGUGUGGGAUAAUGGGCAUUUGGUAUGAUGUAGUAAAUACAUGAAAACUAUAAAAUGUGUCGUAACUUGACCUGAAGCCUUGAGUUGGCCAACAUCUAAAUUAGGUUUUGUUGGAAGUUUAUUCAAGAAAGAUAACAAAUAUGGUUCACCUCGUCAUUGUCUAUAUUUUAAUGUUAUUUUAAUAUCAGUCAUGCUGCAUUUAGAAAUGUCACGUGAUUUUGAGAUGUAUCAAAAUGUGAGGCAGAAACUAUGAUAACUUGUGUUUUGUAGGUCCAGACCGAAUACUUAUUCGUAUACACCAGUCAGUGUAUUGUUAGUAAUGAAAACAAACAAAUUUGCUUGAAAAUUAUGACGCUUUUGUUAAAUUUGGGCAGAAAGAACUGACACUUUGUUGGUCCUGAGGUUGAUUUUCUUUAUCGUUGUUCAGAAAUCAUACGAGAUACGUUAAUGUUGAUGUUUCUAUUGUCAUCCGUUUGUCUCGACCUGUUGGACAUUGGCACUGUUGAGAUGUUGUUCUUUUUAGUGUCACUUGUUUCUCGUGACAAAAACAUUAGUUCAGAAAUCACUUCUUGGUUAAUAUAAUGUUGACGUUUUCAAUGUCACCCAUUUGUCUUGACCCAAACAUCCAAAGGCAUUCUGUCGUGUUAACUUGUGUUCUCUUUGUAGACAGUCCUUAUUUUUCUGGGCAAAUUCUUUAAAACACGAAAUUCCAGUUUGAAGGGUCGUCUGUUGAUUGUAACACAUGCAAUCUAAUCGGGUUUAUGCUAGAUGUUUCAGUGCCCGGUAGUACAUUGUACCACGUACGGACAGCGAAAGGGUUAAGGUAGACAAUUGUAAAUUUAUUGGAUAAUGGGUUUUUUGUUGAAAGCAUACAAGCCUAAAAGUGGGGAUGAACUGUGAGUAGACAUGUGUAACUUCUUUUGCCCCACCUGGCUCUUGCCUGAAGUUUCCCCUCGAGAUGCUUGAACUAAUUGUGUAUUCAGAACCUGUGUUGGCAAUGUGAACAUUUUAUUAUGCUUUUGUUCUGCCCGAGUGAUAGCCCGGUCUUGAACCCUCAAUAUGCAAUGGACCUGAUCUGUUAUUUUAAGGUAUGCGUCAUUGUACCUUUUGUGCAAAUAAAAAUACUGGCAAGCAAG